AAAGGGCUAAAACAAGAAGACCGGUUUUGUUUUGCUGUGUAUCAAUCGGGAGACGAAAGAAAUUGAAAAUUAGGGCUCGACAAUUGAAGGAGUGGUGUAAUUGGUUGAAAUGGGAGGCGGAGGACACGGUGGCGUUACAUACAAAGGUGUAACUAUACAUCAACCCAAGCGCUGGCACACUGUUACUGGCAAGGGCAUGUGCGCCAUGAUGUGGUUUUGGAUUUUGUACAGGGCCAAGCAGGAUGGUCCUGUAGUAUUGGGCUGGCGACAUCCUUGGGAAGGCCAUGACGAUCAUUCCAGUAGCCAUGGGCAUUAGCUUUGGUAUCCUUAUAAAUUGCUCAAGGACAAAACAAUACAGUGUUCUGCCGGAGGACCUUGGUACAGUUGGUAUUUGCACUUGUAGUUGUGUUGAAUAAAUCAACUGCUGUAUUACUCAAUGUUGGACCCUUUUGUUCUUAUUUUGGUGACUUUUUUCAAUGUGCACAACUAUACAAAAUCUGUUUGUGCUAUUACUUGUUUUGUCCCUAAGUGUGUUUAUUUAUUUAUGUAUCUUCACCUUGUCAACUUUUGAACAAGACAAUUAAGGUAGAAGCUGCCUCUGAACCUUGUUAUGGAGCUAUUCAAGAAGCAUUCAACUGCGUGAUCCUGAAA